AUGCCUCUGCACUGCUUUGCCUUUGCCGCGAUUCCUACGGGCACGGUUUGCGGAGAUGGUUACAUCCUGGAGCCUGAGCGAGACACCCCUGACUACGUUCGAGGGUGCAUUCCCAUCCCGGAGAAUCUGAAGACCGCGGUGGACGGCACCGAGUUGAAGGCAGGAGCCACGACUUGGCCCUCUGAUUGCCCACGAUUUGACAUCACCCUUGGCUGCAUUCCCGUGGUGCUGCCCCAGUCCUGUGUGUGGAGCUGGCUCUCGCAGAACUGCGAUGCGCUGGAUGACGGCAGUGGCGCAGGCCCCCCUGGCAAAAUUUACUACGAUGCCUGCAGCGCCGGGCCGGAUAUCCAAUGCCAGACAUGGGACAUGUUUGGCAAGGCGCAUCCGUCGUACAACUGCGAAGCCACGGAGAAGUGCCCUGACCCGUUCGAUUGCAUCUCCAUGUCUGGCGCAUUGACGAUGAUGGUUUCCAACAUCGACAAAGUGGCAGACAACGGCGAGUUGUUCGUGAACGGCCUGAAGAAUGGCAUCCAGUCGGUGGCCCCGGGUGUUGAGGAGUUCAACAUAUAUCUCACCGACGACCAACAGAUCUUGCCCUCUUCAUUCGGCGGCGGUUGGCGACGGCUUGCUGCUUCGCUUGGAGACUUCUUCGUGGUGAAUUACAAGAUCUUGUCGCUGCCCUACACCGUCUUCCCUGGUGUGGUCCUGAACUCAUCGGCCGCCAUCCUCUCCGCGGCCAACGCCUUCUUUGAGAACUCCACGAACUCCACGAACUCGAGCAAUGCCACUGCGAAUGCUUCUGCCCCAUUCUCGAUCCUUUCGAUGGAGUUUGUCAACAACACCGUGGCAACUCUCGACGAGAUACAGGGAACUGGGGAUGGCGGCGAUGGUCCGGAUGGUGGUGACUUCGGUGACGACGGCGGCUUCGGUGACGGCGACUUCGGUGACGGCGGCUUCGGUGACGGCCCCGAUGGCGGUGAUGGUUUUGAUGGAGGUGAUGGCCCCGACGGCGACGGUACGCCGCCGGGCGACGAUGACGGUUCGGAUCCAG